UUAAUUAAACAAGCAGUACGUCGCUUAGCCAUGGCGUUAAAUCGAUGGUUGUUUAAUUCGCCAGCUCUCACUAUAAAUACCUCCCGUUUCUUCCUUCCAUCUUCAUUCCCUUGCUUGAUUUCUUCUGAUUUCAAUCUUUUAAGAACAAAGAAGGAACAUUCUGUUUCUGACCUUAGAAUUUGGAUAUCUACGUCGAGCCGGCGUUUUUCGGUGAAAGCUUUCAAGAAACGUCAAGCGAAUAAUCUAAACGGAAAAGAAUUUGAAUUAGAGUUAGAAACUAAAGAAAUGACGAUCAAACCGGCGGUACGGAUCUCUGACCAGAAGCUCAUCGUGAAAGACCGGACGAUCUUGACGGGAGUACCGGAUAAUGUUAUCGCAACAUCCGGUUCGUCGUCCGGACCGGUGGAAGGGGUGUUUCUUGGGGCGGUUUUCGAGGAGGAGCAGAGCCGGCAGGUGGUUCCGUUGGGAACCUUGCGGGAUGUAAGGUUCAUGGCGUGUUUUCGGUUCAAGUUAUGGUGGAUGGCUCAAAAGAUGGGCGAUAAAGGGAAGGAAAUUCCGUUAGAGACGCAGUUUCUGUUAUUGGAGACGAAGGAUGGGUCCCACUUGGAAUCGGACGGUGGAAAUGAAGAGAAUCAGAUCAUAUACACAGUGUUUCUUCCUCUGAUUGAAGGAUCAUUCCGAGCUUGUCUUCAAGGCAACGGACAAGACGAGCUCGAGCUUUGCUUAGAAAGUGGCGAUGUUAACACAAAAGCGUCGUCGUUUACGCACUCUUUGUUCAUCCAUGCCGGAACAGAUCCGUUCGACGCAAUCUCCGAUGCGAUGAAAGCUGUUAAACUCCAUCUCAACACCUUCCGAUUACGACAAGAGAAGAAACUUCCUGCAAUUGUUGACUAUUUUGGAUGGUGUACAUGGGACGCCUUCUACCAGGAGGUUACUCAAGACGGCGUCGAGGCCGGACUGGAGUCUCUCGCUGCUGGUGGAGCGCCGCCGAAGUUUGUGAUAAUCGACGACGGAUGGCAAUCGACUGCUGGCGAUCCACAGGAGGAGAACGGGGAACAACCGAAGCAGCCGCCAUUGCAGAGGCUGACAGGGAUCAGAGAGAAUUCGAAGUUCCAGAAGAAGGAAGAUCCAACAGAAGGGAUCAAGAACAUCGUGAACAUCGCGAAAAACAAGUACGGAUUGAAGUUUGUGUAUGUAUGGCAUGCGAUUACUGGAUAUUGGGGAGGACUUCGAACUGGUGUGAAGGAUAUGGAGGAAUACGGAUCGGCGAUGCAGUAUCCAAAGGUAUCUAAAGGCGUUUUUGAGAAUGAACCGAUAUGGAAGAACGACGCGUUGGCUUUGCAAGGAUUAGGGCUAAUGAACCCCAAGAACGUUUACAAAUUUUACAAUGAACUUCACAGUUACCUCGCCUCCGCCGGAAUCGACGGAGUCAAAGUGGACGCACAGAGCAUAUUGGAGACUCUCGGCGCCGGGUUCGGUGGCCGAGUUGAGUUGACUCGGCAAUAUCACCAGGCUUUGGAUGCGUCAGUGGCUAGAAAUUUUCCAGAUAACGGUAUUAUUGCUUGUAUGAGCCAUCAUACAGAUGCUAUAUAUUGUGCGAAACAGACGGCGGUUGUGAGAGCUUCCGAUGACUUCUAUCCGAGAGAUCCGGUGUCGCAUACGAUUCACAUAGCAGCAGUGGCUUACAAUAGCGUUUUUCUUGGAGAGAUUAUGCAGCCUGAUUGGGAUAUGUUCCAUUCCCUUCAUUCUGCCGCCGAGUACCACGCUUCCGCCAGGGCGAUUAGUGGUGGCCCUGUUUAUGUCAGUGAUGCUCCGGGGAAGCAUAACUUCGAGCUUCUGAAGAAAUUAGUGCUACCCGACGGCUCAGUGCUUAGAGCAAGCUUGCCUGGACGGCCAACACGGGACUGUUUAUUCUCAGAUCCAGCACGAGAUGGAGUUAGCUUGCUUAAGAUAUGGAAUUUGAACAAAUUCACCGGCGUCAUCGGCAUCUACAAUUGCCAAGGCGCCGCCUGGAACAGCCAAGAAAGAAAGAACACCUUCCACGACACCAAUUCCGACGCCAUCACCGGCUACGUCAAAGGACGUGAUGUUCACGCCAUUUCUGAAGUCGCGACGGAUCCCGAUUGGAAUGGUGACUGCGCCUUUUACCGCCAUUGCUCCGGUGACCUCAUCACUCUUCCAUACAACUCAGCCCUUCCCGUUUCUCUUAAAGUCCUUGACUUCGACGUCUUCACCAUUACUCCGAUCAAAGUUUUGGCCCCUGGCUUCAGCUUCGCUCCCCUCGGACUCAUCGACAUGUACAAUGCCGGCGGGGCAAUCGAAGGCUUGAAAUACGAAGUGAAAGAUGGGGCUGAACUUGUGGAGGCUGAUGGCGUAUCUGAAGGAAAUGAGGUUGUCGGAGGGCGGCCGGAGAAUCGCAGCUCCGAGUUGGUUGGAAUUGUUCACUUGGAAGUGAAAGGGUGUGGGAGGUUUGGAGCGUACUCGUCGGCGAAACCACGACGGUGCACGGUGGAUUCAAGUGUUGUAGAAUUUGGUUAUGAUUCUGAGUCCGGUUUGGUUACUUUGGGAAUAGACAAAUUGCCUGAAGGCGAUCUUAAAGUUCACGACGUUAAAAUUGAGUUAUGAAUUUUAUGGAUGUAUUGUUUUGUUACCGAUCGUAUAAUUAGCUGCCGGUUAUAGACAAAUUCUCCCUUUGUUUUGGGAAAAGAAUCUUGUAAUAUUUUGUGUUGAUUGGAAUUUAAAUAAAAUUUUACCUUAUUAAUCAGGUGCAAA